GUCAGCGUCGCUGGGACCGUCGACGGAGGCAACAGUGGUGGCCAACGCAUCGCGUGAACGCGUAAUCCGCCAUAUUGGCCGCGAAACCGUUCGGCCAGAUUAGGCUGAAACACGGCUGUUCGCGAGAUACGUGUUUACACGGGGGUGAACGAGGGUGCAUCGUAGCACUGGUGUCGUCGUUGGUUAGACGAACGAGAGAAGGGCGCACAGGGGGUGGUGGAAGAGGGUAAUCGCGUGGCGAGACACGCCGAGAUACGCCUCGAACGUUUUCCACGACUAGUGAAACAGGGUGAAAGACGAACGUUGAGAGAGAGGGGGGAAGAGAGACAGUGUGGCGAGGGUGAAGGAGGAGGAAGUGCGUGGUUGACAGUGGUUUCAAGUGCUCGGGGGAGAAAAGUGUCCGGUGAAUCUGGCUCGAUCGGUGGCUUCGACCCCGUUUACCACCCUUGGCCUACACCCCUACGCUCGCAGGACCUCUCGUUGACCUCGUCCCUCUUCGAAUCGACCUCUCGUUCGACGUGUUGCGUGAUCAAAAACGAGAGUGAACGCCUCGAUUUCCGUCCAGCGUACCGAGUUUCCUCGAAUUCGUUGAGUUGCAAAGAGAAGACGGGCAUCGAGGUUCGGUGACGUGGUCCGUCCGAGUAAGAGAGUCGGCUUUCGUCGGUGCAUCGGUGCAUCGGUGAAUGGAAAAAGUGGAAACGUCGAACCGGGUGGAGCAGUAGCGGCAAUCCCGACGACUCGUCGUUAGCGAGCUAGCUCGGUGUCCAGCGUGACAGCGCCGUGGGCUCGUCUCUCCCUCUUGUCUCGACUUCUGCCAAUCAAUAACCAGCGCACCGACUCGUUCACGCUCUGCUCUCUGCCUCCCUCUCUCCCCUCUCUCUCUCUCUCUCUCUCUUUCACACAUACACACACUCUUUCCGUUUCCCUUGUUGCUUCUGUGUCUCUCCCUUAUCCUGGUCAGCUCGAAAGCAACAGCGAUCUCCCUGAAAAAUCGUCCGAACGAUGUUUUUCCGUUUCCCUCUUCCGUCCGAUUCGAAGAGUAUCCCUCUCCCCGCGCGCUCUCUUUCCCUCGUUUCCGUCCUUCCCAGCCCGCCACCCUUUUAGAAGCGAGCCGUCUCACUGGCCGUCGAAACGGAACUACGGAAGCGGUGAUCGGUAGGUUGGAGGACGCGAACGGCAUCGAGGACGACAUCGAGGGCGACAGUGGACGACACGAGGCGAGGCAACGUCGCGACGGACGAGGAGCAGCCAGAGAGGCGGCGGUAGCGGCGCUCUAGGCCGCUAGUCGCGCCAGCGCCCUGUACGCAGCUUCAAACCGACAGCCACGAAACCUAUUUAUACCUCCGUCAACGUAGCGGACGACGUUACGAGAACAGCGCCGUGUUCGGCCACCCACGCGAGCAACAGCCCGAAGGAACCGCGACGAGGAACCUCGACGACAACGACAGCAUCGAGCGGGAAAGAGCGUGGACACCGAGCCGAUCGAAACGUCCCGCAUCCCUCGGCGAGGAAUACGUCUCGGUGGAAUUGACGUUUCUACGUUCCCGUGUUGUUCUCGCGAAUAAAGUUAGCCCCGGUCGAUGGAGGACGCGGACCGGGUGGAAAUGCCGAUGGGACAGGAUCAGCGGAUUGCGACGAGCGGCGAGACCAGUCGAGCCCACCCAUAGGGGACGCCAUUGAGAGUCUGUCUUUGCCUUGACGUGUGAUCGACCGUCGCGCAUCCGCCUUCCCUUCUCGCGUCCUGUGCCGAGCUGAUCUGCGCGCUACGUGCAGCACCGGUCCGGUCCGGAUCCGGCUUACAGCAGCAGCGUAGCCGCUGGAUGGGGUUGGGCCGUUCGCCUCUGGGUGCCUUGGCGGUACGGGUGUCGUCGAACGAGUCCUGGUGAUCGUGGAGCUCCUGGCUCGACUUUGUCCGAGCUUUCCAGGCCGGACGAAGCGACAGGCGGGAAAUGGCACGCGGCGGUGUAUAAUGCGCGUGCAGGAUCGUUCGACUGGACCGAGCAGCGCCGAUUCGAGCGAUCGUUGCUCAAACGCGAUUUCGAUCAGGACCAAGGUAGCGUAGCGGUGUGCGCGGUGCGCGGUGCUCGUAUGUGUCCGUCCGCGAGUGGGUGAGAAUAGUUGUCGCGAGCAUCGAGGAGCCGAGGUGAGAAGCGUGCUAGGAGCAUGCAGGAUUCGGGCGAGGCCCGUAGAGGCCUUGGUCCCGCGGCAGGACCGGGAUAAGGAUCGAAUCCGGCGUGAAACCGGGAUCGCGUGAGAGUUAGAGAGAUCGUGUCGCUGGUGACGUCGUUAAGGCUGAAAUCGCAGGAACGCGGGAAGCGAGCUGGACUCGCUUUUGGGCGCAUGGAACAUGAUAGAGAUGUCGAGCGGAAUGGGUGCAACUGCAAUGGGGAUCGGCGUUAGUCACAGGCCAGGGGCCGGCGAGGGUGUAGCCGGUGGGUGCCGGCUACGCGCGCAGAGUCAGAGCCAGGCGUCCGGCUCUUCCGACAAUCCGCAGCAGUCCUCCCAGCAGCAGCAACAGCAGCAACAACAGCUGCAGCAACAGCAACAACAGCCGCCCGCGUCGCAGCAACAGUCGCAGCAGCAACAGCGUCAAGGUUCGGGGAUCGGAGGCCGUUCGAAGAAGGACAACUGUUGCCUCUGCUGGUGCUGUUGUUGUAGUUGCUCGUGGAAUAAAUGUCUGGCGGCAGUGGGCGGCAACUCGACGGGCGCAGGGGGUGCUGGCGACCAGGGGAAGAAGAAGGGUAACGCGGGCGUCGGCGAGCACGGGAGCGGCGUCGGCGUCGGUGGCGAGCUAGGAAGCGGUGGCGCGGGCAAUGGUUUCGACGGGCUUGAUGGCCUGGAUGGUAACAUGGAGUGCAGCCUGGAGGAGAUCAGAUCUUGGGGCUCCUCCUUCGACAAGUUGAUGAGGAGUCCCGCGGGUCGUAAGUUCUUCAGGGAGUUCCUGGUGAGCGAGUAUAGCGAAGAGAACAUCGCGUUCUGGCUAGCGUGCGAGCAGCUGAAACGGGAAAGCAACCCUGAAAAGAUCGAGGAGAAGGCGCGCUUCAUCUACGAGCGUUACAUAUCCAUACUCUCACCGAAAGAAGUGAGCCUGGACUCGCAAGUGCGCGAAAUAGUGAACCGCAACAUGGUGCAACCGACGCCGCACACGUUCGACGACGCCCAGCUGCAGAUCUACACUCUGAUGCACCGCGACUCGUACCCUCGUUUCGUGAACAGCGAGCUGUACCGGCGGGUGGCCCGUUUGAGUAGCGGGUCGAACAGUGAGGAGCACAGCGCGGGCAAGCCGAAGUGCAAGAAGGGCACCACGUAAUCGCGCGUCGACGCGAACUGGGGUGGCAGCGGACCAACACCCUACGUCUCGCAGCGGGUUCGUCGAGUCGACCACGAGUCGUCGUCGGGUCGGCAUCGGGGACCGUGACGCUGAUCGAUGACGAAUCAAGCAAAGCAGGCUGGGGUCGAGACACCCCGAUCUCUCUUCUCGAAAAUAUCUCGCUCGCACGCGAGUUGCUUUCACGGACAAACGAAAAGAAGAGAGAGAGAUGACGAUGACGAGGACGAAGGAGAGUUACUCUCGAAGCGACUCGCUCUUCCACGCGACGCCAUAUCGGGGCCACGUGAACACGCUCGCAAUGCCGCGAACGUGCACGAACUUGACGAUGGACUGAACAAAGUAAAAUAAUGUAACGAAUACAAAAAAAAAAGAAAAAAAGUAAGGAGAAGAUAAAAACCAAAGAAACAAAAAUAACGAUACUGAGAGGAUGGGGAAACGAAAGGAACAAAGUACGAUCGCAUUAGUCGCGUAUAUCAUUGACUCUUCCUUCCAACACACUUUUUUGGUACACGCUCGUUCACGUGACAUAGACGGUAUAGGAUCGCAACGCGGGUCGGUCGGGGAUGACGUUCAUCUUUCGAGGAAGUUCCUAAGUUCCAUCGUCUUUAGCGACCGAUCGGUCGCCGAUGAUCUCUCUUUCUCUCCUGUUUCAAACGAACCAUCGUGUCUUUACUCUCCCUCUUCGAAUUCUCUCAUCUCUCUCCCUGAUCUUUUCUUACUACUCCCUCAGCUAUUUUCCUUCCCUCUGUCUCAGUUUUUAUCACCAUACAUCCGUCGCAGACGAUUUUGGAGGAGACUGAGUCGAGGGUCUUUGCGAGUGAACCGAUAGAGACACUUGAGGCACAAUGAGAUGUUUUUCUUUCAGAUCAUAAUGUUCGACGAUUCGUUUUUCUCCUUUUCAUCGUCCGAUAUAGUAUUGAUUGUGAGUUGCAUCGAGGAGAACUUAUUGUGUCCCGAGUUAUGGCAGCCUAGAGGGCGCUGCGGGUUUCGAGGAAAGCGAAAGCUUGUUGAGAGAAGCAAUAUUGGUUAAUGAACCUCGUUGUUUGAGAGAAACAAGGUCUUUCUUGCUAUAUGGCAAGUAUUGUGAAGGUAUAUUGAUUGACAAAUGGUGUUAACAACUAAUUAUAGUUAAGUUAUGGUACUUUCCAUAUAUUGAGAAAAUCUUGUACAGCGUUGACACGUUGUCUGCCACACCGACAAAAGGAUCUCACAUUUGUUAACGAAUUUUAUAAUUAAGUUAUAGAUAGCUCGAACUGGAAUGAAAAUGAUGGAUGGGAGUUAAUGAAUUGACACCUUUCCUCCUUUACUCGCCAUCAUUUCCAAUCGAAUGAAACACAAUGCAUUUAUUUAUUAUUCAAGAAUUAAUCAUUGCUGAUCGAUAUCAAGGAAUUGGCAGGAAUUUAUUCAAUGGAGAUUAGUCGAAUUAGCGAGUCGAUCAAAUGGGACAAAUAAAAUGAUUCAUUGACACUCACGAUCAGUCGACCAAUAAAUGUACUCAAUCUUGAAUCGCUAAUGCGACACAUCGUCGACCUCUAUUUUUCGAAUAUUCUUCCUCGUUCUAUCGACGUUCGUUUAAAUAUACCUGCACUGCAUUAGCAAUUCAAGGUUGAUCCAGACAAUCGAAUUAGUAAUUAAAACUCGGCUAAUUCAUCCUCUUUCGACCUCGCAACAAGCUCUCUAAACGAUCUCAAAUCAUUCUCACUUUAUACCGAGAGCCAUCGAAACAGGAGGCUAUCAAGAUCGCACAAAUUAAGCUCAAAAUGUAACCAAAGGUCAACGAAAAUUAGCGAUCGAUUGCGUUCGAUGCGAGAGAACACCUUCCGUUUCUUUGCUUAACGAAAGGACUAGAAGAGGAAAGGACAGCGAGCGAAGGAUAAAACUUGAAGCAGGGAAUUUCCUUCCAUUUCACGUGAAACGAAGCGAAUCCUCGGGUAGUGUGCACCGAGUUACUGCCAGCGAGACACACCAACGGUUAAAUAUCUUAAUUUUCAACGUCCAAGGAGAAGAACUGAAAGAAGUAUGACGGAUCUAGUCAGCGUCUCGUCAUUUAACGACGGCGGAGUCGAUGAAAGCGAAAGGCCUAAGCGUUCGCCAUUAUGUUAAACGCCGAGUUACGCGAUCUUUGCAAGGAGACAUUGAACCGAAGUCCUUUCAGUUCGAUCUUUUGCUAUUUUAACGAAACUUGGCAGCCGCGAAGAGGAAAUGAACCGUACCAUCGCGUCUAUCGUGUUUUAUAGGAAGGAGUCAGCAAUGAUUCAUUAUUUCGCGUCUUCGUGCGUUCGACCGUGUGAACGAUUAGGAAGCCGCACAAAGAGCAUUGAAUUCGAAACAGCAGCAGUAGGUUCCUGUUUACGCGUCCAAUUCGUCAAAGUACUUAAUUAGCGACGUUUCACACGAUCGAGGGUUCGAAAAAAUUGAUCUCAUCUGAAGGAUCUCAUGAAAAAAAAAAAGAAAAAACCAUAAAGAAACGGAUGUGUAGCGUCUACGACCCGGAAACGAUACGAAUUUAAAGCGUGCCUCGAACACACGCAUUCGAUCAGACACGUGACCAGGGUUCCAUUUUAUCAUUUAAGUGAUAUAGGAAAUAAAACCACUUUCGCACCAUUUCAUCUUCACCCCUCAACUUAAAAAAGAACAGUCUAAUCUUCUAUCCCCUCGAAAGAACCAAGAAAAUUUAUUUUAUUCGUUCUUAAAUCUCUGCAAAGUUUCUUCUGUCGUUCUACCCUCGACGGAGGGUUGAAAUUCGUCCCUGGCCACGUGGCUGUCCUUCGAAACCGCUAGAAACUCGUCGUUCGACCACCCUUGACCCACUGACGAUCCCAAUAUAAAUUUCUUUAGAUAUUUUUAAUAUACGAAAUAUAUUCUGUGUUUCGUUCGAAAAUUUCGACGUAAUAAUUUCUAUAUAAGUCACGAUUCACUCGGGGGUUGAAACGCGUCGACAGUGGGUUAAGGGUAGACGAUCGCGCGAGCUGAUUGCACGAAAAACGAAGAAAACCAAUGUUCGUACAGUCAGUCACAGCGUUUGGCUACUGCCCUGUAGAUAAUAUUCUAGAUAGUUAACACGACGGAGUUGGAGGGAGGAUAAAACUAAUUAUACAUGCAAAUAUAUGAAUAUACAUAUAUAUAAAUAUUAUAUAUAUGAGUAUAAGAGGAAACCAAAAAAUAUAUAUAUAUUACGAAUAUAUAUGAAAUCACACGUACAUGUGCUACAUACAUAUGUUCGGCAUUAAUUAUGGUGGCAGGGUGCGAAACGGGCGUGAGAGGGAGAGAAAGAAGGGGAGAGAGUGGGAGGGAGUGAUUGUACGAUAAGGUGAGAAAGAGAGACAACAGAUCGUAAGAUUUUUUCUUUCAUUAAUUCCGUAUCCUGGUUCCAUGCGAGGAAAAAUCAUAAUUCGCGACUUGGUGUAUUUUUCAGGGCGAACGUUUUUCGAUGAGCCUCGUUGACCCCACCCCCCGGUCUCGUCACUUUCCACCCCACUUUGAUCGAUCGAUUCAACCAUGAAACACGUUCUUCUUUGCUCCGUGCAUCAUUUUCGCAUCGAUGAUCUUCCAACCAUUGAACACAUACGUACGUACAAUCUUCCAAGCGGCCAUUUCUCAGAUCUUCUCGUUCAAACACGGGGGGGUUGUUGACAAGAUUUUUUACUGCGAAAUAUUUCUUCCUGUAAUAUAUACAUGUAUUAUAUAUGUUUUGAUCCACCGAUUGAGAAGUAUUGAUUUGGACGCGGACGAAGGGUAUAAAAGAAGAGGGUGUUGUUGAUGGUGGCCCUUUUAGAAGGGUGGAAAGAAACGACAGAGGGGUAGCAUACGUUACAAAGAAGCAAAGAGAAAGAUGAUGAGAAUAGGGUUGAUGAAAAAUAUGGAAACUGGUCGAGAGCGUCAUCUUCACUAAUAAACGCACAAUUUUUCUGAACCUUCGAUCCCCUGCUUCUUUCUUCCAGGCAUAACCCUUUUAUAAUGUCGUCGUCAAAUGCGACGCGGUUUUUGUAUCACCGAACGACUAAUCUUUGUACCGACGUGAAACCGUGGACAAUUUUGUUAUCCCGGAUAUUUAACUAAGUCUGAUUUAUCGACGAGUAAUUAUCAGUUGAACCCGAACCCGAAUCAUCCGAGAUACACGAAUUCCCUUGCUUUCGGUUUAAUCGCGAGCUGCGGAACAACGGACAAUAGGCAAUAAGAGAGGGAAUGGAAAUGUGAGGGUUAAUAAAUUGGUGAAAAAUUAUGGUUGA